AAUUAAAGUGGGGUUAAGGAAAAAAAAUUGAAAUGAAAAAUCAGGGAAAAAUUGAAAAUUGAGAGAUAAUAAUAUGGAUUCAGGACUAAAAACCGAAGAGUCUUUGAAGAAACUAUGUGUUGAAAUUUUCUCCAUAUUGCAUCAGUAUGAAACAUCCCAAAAAACUAGAAAUUCCAAGUCUUGGUUGAAAGAUGCAUUACACUAUAGAAGUCAGACUACAACAGUGAAUAUAAUAUCAAUAAUCUUCGGAGUGUGGACUGCCAUAUCACUAUUGAUAGGAUAUUUAUUAGAAGGUGACAAUGUAGGAGGCUAUGAAGCAUUACCUGUCCUUAUAUUGAUUAUGAUCAAUGUGUCGCUUGAGAUUUAUGAUAACAGGUUGCGGCAUAAUGAAAUUCCGAACAGAAUCCGUUCUGUACUCGAAAAGUUGAAAACAGAACAAAGGAAUAUCAAAUGGUCUGCUGAAAAUUAUCCCAACUUAAGCUCACCUACAUCACCUUGUAUUACCUUGCAAUGGACCUAUCGAGACGGUCAACUAGUCAACUUACCAUGGGCAUUGUUGGUGAAAGAUGAUAUUAUCUUAGUGAGACCAGGUCAGGCAAGUCCAGGAUAUUGUGAAUCUCUGGACAAACAUUCCGAGUUUCCCCUUCUCCACGCCAAAGAAAUAUUUUCUCCAUCGCUACAAAACGCCAAUGAGACUUUCAGCGCACCAAAAUUUCGAAAACCACUCGAACCUAAAAGAUACCGUCUGUUGGAAACACCCUACCUAAACAAUUUGAAGAUUUUCUUGGAACAAGCCUUGGAUAGACCGGUGUCACAGUUGAAUCAGCAAAGACAUCUAGUAACUAUACAAAUUGUGGAACAAGUGAUGUUACCUCUUACUUUCCUUUUAGUACUUGUGGUUAAUUUGUUCCGUUAUUUUUAUUUCCACAAGUACCUAGGAAGAUAUCUGGUAUCUAAUACUCUGUUUAUUAUUCCAUGUAAUGUAGUAUUGCCGUUACUGCCUAUGGUUUUUCCUUUGUUCUGGAAUCUAGCGAAUUAUCUUGGUAUAGCACGGUUCAAAACUAUCUUUGAUGUCACAACCAAAUCAGGAAGUAAAGAUACUGAGCUAGAGGAAGACACCGAUAACAUCACAGAAGAACAUAGUGAUAUUCAUAUAAAUAAAAAAGAAGUUUUUCGAAACUUUUUGAAGAUAGUGAAGGGAAAACCCGAAAUUUUAACAAGAUCUACCAACAUUCUCCAUGUUUUAGGAUCAGUUAGUGCAUUGGGAUGUGUUGAUAAGAAGGGUAUAUUAUCAUGGCCCAACCCUACAGCUGAGAAAGUUUUCUUUCUGCAUAAUCAAAGUAACGUAUCCCACUCAUCAAGCUUAGAUAACAUAAAUGACUUAACUACCGAUCUUGACUCCAUGUACCCAAAUGUUCGUCCUGAGAGCCCCAAAAAUGCAGUUACCGAAGUUCUUGAUGUCACACAUAGAAGCAGUGAACCUUUUAAGUUAUAUUUUGAUGACCCAGACUGGAAGGAAUACAUAUCAUCAUUGAAGCCACUAGGACUUGCUAUCCUUCUGAACACCUGCAAUACUGACACACAGGAAAACUACACAGCUUUCUGUUCCCAUAUAACAUGUGAGGCAGUUUACAAUGAAAAUUCGGUUCCUGUUAUGAACAGAAGGUGUCUCUGUGAACUGGCUAAAGAAAUCGGUUUUGUAGAUCAUGCACAAAAAAUAUUCAGUCUAGAAGAACAUAUAUCAUCAUUCCGGCAUUUGCAACCUGAAAUGGUUAGAAAAGAUAAUAAGUAUGCCCGAUCUUUGCAACUAUCCACAAAAUUGAAAUUUCCAUUUCCUCAUAUUUUCGCGGUUGUUGUGAAGGAACUAUCUACUGGAAAUACUCAAUUAUUAUCUGAAGGAACAGCUGAUCUUAUCUUAGAUUCUUGCGUAGAAUAUUGGGAUGGACGUGAUCUUGUACCAUUAACAAUAUCUGAUAGGAAGAGAAUACAAGAUUUUUAUCAGAGGAGUAGUUUGACAGCCUACUGUACUGCGUUUGCCUACAGGCCACUAUCAAAGAUGAUUCAUAAUAAAUUAGGUGAGGUCUAUUUGGAACUGCCAAGUGAUUCAAGGCACUUGUAUAUGAAUCAAAGAAGUCCAACACCCAUGCAUUGGGAGUGUAAAAGUGUACUCGAUCCUAAUAUAAAGUCUUGUUCACAGUUCUUCAGCACAGAUUCCCUUCUCUUUAAUGAUAAUGCCAUGAUCAAUGUGUCGGAUGCCGAAAGCUGUUUUCAAAUGCAGUGUAAUCAGAUCUUCAUUGGAAUGGUGACAAUGCAAUAUCAAGCGAUGACAGAUAUAGUGCAUUUGAUUGAACAAUUAGAAAGGGCCUGCAUUAGAUUCGUCCACUUCAGUAAAGAAAAUGAGUUGAGAUCGAGAGUGUUCAAUGAAAAAAUGGGAUUAGAGAGUGGAUGGAAUUGUCAUAUAUCACUUUUGAGUGAGAGGAACAGUAACCUAGAGUCAUCGAGGACAAUGAGUUUUUCUGCCCCAAGUGCUAUAAACAUGGAAUAUUCAGUUGUUAAGUUUGACACAGAAGUAGAGAAAUUCAACAUUGAGAUGAAACAGAGUGAGUGUGGUGAUAAUGACUAUACCAGCCAGGAAAGUAUCCCCUUGCAUGCAGAUAGUACUACCCAUGAAUGGCAAUCACUGAGUAAUCUAACAGAAAGCACUGAACAAAGCGCACCUAUUAAUUUCGACAUGAGUAAUAGGGCAAAAUUACCUCGAGGAAUUGAUAAAAUAAGACCACAUAUUGAACUCAUUGACAAUGUACCACUUCUUGUUUCUUUAUUUACUGACUGUACUCCAGACGUCACCAAAGAAAUGUUACAGAUAAUGCAGGAUUAUAAAGAAAUAGUUUGCAUUAUUGGAUCAUCUGAAAAUUGUUACAACGCUGGAAUAUUUAUGCAGGCUGAUGCAAGUAUAUCAAUUGAGCCACUAUAUCCACAAGUUUGUCAGAAAAUUGAAGUUUACAAGAAAACAAUUGGAUGUUUGAGUCCUAUUGACUUCUCUUGUGAACUGAAUUCAAUACCGUGUUCAUUGUCAGUGAAAAGAGAAGAUCCUUUUUCGAUUUACCGACUGAUAAUGGAAUCGAGACACUUCGUUGCUUCUGUUUGGAAUUCAGGACAAUUUUGGCUGUGUUGUUGUGUUGCCCUGAGCAUCCUGCAAGUGUUCGCUACCCUUCUGAUGUUACCUGGUUUGCUUACAACUGGGCAAGUACUUUGGUUCUCAUGUAUAGUUGUUCCGCUGAUCAGUAUAUCACUGAUGUUCCGGAAGGUGGAUACCAAUGUGAUGAAAAAACCGCAAGGAAGGAUGCAAGCUGUCUCUCAUUGGGAUGCAGGAAUUUUCAUCAUCUGGUGCUAUGGUACUAAGUUCCUUACAACAUUCGUAGUUGUGUUAACAUCGUUUAUAGGAAUUUUAACUAGUCAUUGUGAUCAAAUGUGCAUGGUCCUUCCUAAUUGUACCUGUGCAUUCUAUUAUAACCCUGUUAUACUGACUGACAUAGUGUCAAUGGGAGGAUGGGAUGAAAACGAAUGGACUCUUCUAACUGCCAGACUCAUAAUUAGUUUUAUAAUUUUACUUCAUUUUGUUGUGAUCUCUUCUGGGUUUAUCCACAGAAAUCAUUUGAUAUUCAAAAGAUCUCCUCAUUCAAAUAUAUUUUGGCUAACAUCUGUUUUUAUCUUGAUAGUCAUCCAAUCUGUAUAUACCAUAAUAGUUUAUACUAAUAUCAGAGAAAUACAGGAAGACAACAAAGAAUUUGAAAUUCCCCUGUGGGUUAUAAUUUUCGCUGCUCUAUCUCCAUUAUUUGUAUUCAUCGUCAAUGAACUUGUCAAGAAACAGGAAAUUAUGGUGAAUGAAAGGUUUUUGAAGAGAGCUCGCCUAGACUUUGGAACAAAAUUAGGAAUGAAUUCACCGUUUUGAAACAUCCUCGAGCAGAAUAUGGCAAUAUUUCAUGUUGUGAUUCGGCAGGGUGGUUCACCAUGGAAAACAGUGGAUCGUCGACGGCGAAAUGUUAGCUAAGUGGAUUUUUCAACAUAUUGUUGAGUCUAGGAUAGAGAUAACAAUUGAAAUGAAGAAGCAUUGCAUCACAUGCUAAUGAACUUGACUGAGUUAGUAAGUAGGUAGGUAGGUACUUAGUCAAUAUGAAGAGCAAAAAUAAAACGAAUUGAUAGACGC